AUGUUGUUUGGAUGGCAUAUUGAGUAUUAUAGUAUUAUUAUUAUAAACAGUAGAUUAUCCUUUUCCUUUUGUCUUUUUUUUCUCCUUUUUUCUUUCUUUUGUUUUUCUUUUUUCUUCCUUUACCUUUUUUCCCUUUUUCUUUUUCUUUUUUCCCUUUUUCUUUUUCUUUUUUCCCUUCUUUCUUUCCCCCUUCUUUCUUUUCCUCCUUUCUUUCUUUUCCUUUUUCCCUCUUUCUUUCUUUCUUUUCCUUUUUUCCCUUUCUUUCUUUCUUUUCCUUUUUUCCCUUUCUUUCUUUCUUUUCCUUUUUUCCCUUUCUUUCUUUCUUUUCCUUUUUUCCCUUUCUUUCUUUUCCUUUUUUCCCUUUCUUUCUUUCUUUCUUUUCCUUUUUUCCCUUUCUUUCUUUCUUUUCCUUUUUUCCCUUUCUUUCUUUCUUUUCCUUUUUUCCCUUUCUUUCUUUCUUUUCCUUUUUUUUCCUUUCUUUCUUUUUUUUUUCCCUUUCUUUCUUUUUUUCUUUUCCUUUUUUCCCUUUCUUUCUUUCUUUUCCUUUUUUCCUUCUUUUUUCUUUUCCUUUUUUCCUUCUUUUUUCUUUUCCUUUUUUCCUUCUUUUUUCUUUUCCUUUUUUCCUUCUUUUUUCUUUUCCUUUUUUCCUUCUUUUUUCUUUUCCUUUUUUCCUUUCUUUCUUUCUUUCUUUCUUUUUUCCCUUUCUUUCUUUCUUUCUUUUCCUUUUUUCCCUUUCUUUCUUUCUUUCUUUUCCUUUUUUCCCUUUCUUUCUUUCUUUCUUUCUUUUCCUUUUUUCCCUUUCUUUUCCCUCUUUCUUUUCCCUCUUUCUUUUCCCUCUUUCUUUUCCCUCUUUCUUUUCCCUCUUUCUUUUCCCUCUUUCUUUUCCCUCUUUCUUUUCCCUCUUUCUUUUCCCUCUUUCUUUUCCCUCUUUCUUUUCCCUCUUUCUUUUCCCUCUUUCUUUCCCUUUCUUUUCCCUCUUUCUUUUCCCUCUUUCUUUUCCCUCUUUCUUUUCCCUCUUUCUUUUCCCUCUUUCUUUUCCCUCUUUCUUUUCCCUCUUUCUUUUCCCUCUUUCUUUCUUUCUUUUCCCUCUUUCUUUCUUUCUUUUCCCUCUUUCUUUCUUUCUUUUCUCCCCCUUCUUUCUUUCUUUCUUUUCUCCCCCUUCUUUCUUUCUUUCUUUUCUCCCCCUUCUUUCUUUCUUUCUUUUCUCCCCCUUCUUUCUUUCUUUCUUUUCUCCCCCUUCUUUCUUUUUUCCACUCUUUCUUUUUUUCUUGA